AAAUUUCUGAGGUGAGUUUCAAGUUUUCAACAUAAACCAAGUCUUCAACCUCCCCAUCCGUCUCCCAUCCGCAGGGCUUCAACCUCUGUCUUUACUCUCUUCUCCCCAGACAAACCAUGAGAAAUCUUUCUCCAUCAUCGCCGCCUUCAAAUUGACCAUUCUUCAACCUCCCAUCUACUCCACACAUGUAUAUCAACCUCCCCUUCCCCUUCUUCUGGCCUUAUUAAUCCCAGAUUCUUUCCCCCUCUCCCAGAAAGAUCAGAAAACCCAGAUAGAUUUCUUGCGUGUGUGAAAUGAAAUACUACUUGUGAAGAAAUAUUUCUGGCCGGAUUUCGAUUUGACUCGAUUUUAUUCGAAGCUCUGUAGCAAUGGAGUCGCUGGCGUAUUAUUGAAGAGGAAUCGGCGGGGGAGCGAUCGAAAUGCGGGUGAGGGAGAUGCAUCCGCUGUGUUGCCUGUUGCUGGAGAGCGGGGCGAUCGGGGACCAGUCGCCGCAGCCGAGGAGGAAGGAGGCGGCGGCGACGGUGCCGAGGUUGUUGAGGACCGGAUCGGCGGUGGUCGGAUCUGACGCGUGGUCGGUGGGAUCGGAGGCCACGAGCGUCGCCGGCGUCCUUUACAAGUGGACUAAUUACCACAAAGGCUGGAGAUCCCGCUGGUUCGUCCUCCGCGACGGCAUCCUCUCCUACUCCAAAACCCGCCGCCCCGUCCACUCCGCCGCCGCCGAUGACGGAGUCAAGCUCAUCGGAAGCCUCCCCUCCAACCACUCCGGCGGCCUCCGCAAGCCCCGCAAAUCCGUCCGCAUUGUCCACCUUAAGGUCUCAUCGUUCCGAGAGAGCAGGUCAGAUGACAGGAAGUUUUACAUAUUUACAGCAACAAAGACGCUACACCUAAGGACAAAUUCAAAGAAAGAGAGAGGGGCUUGGAUAGACGCUUUGAUCUCCACAAGAACUCUCUUUAUGCUUGGGUCAGCAGGAAACCAUGAUAGUAAUAUUCCUCUUUUGCCCCGCGCCGACAUAUCCAUAUCCAUAUCCACCGAGAAACUGAAGAGCCGCCUUGUGGAUGAGGGGAUCAAUGUGGGAGUUGUCAAUGAAUGUGAGAAGAUUAUGCUCUCUGAAUUUUCUCAAGUUCAAGCACAACUCAAAGUCCUUAGUGAGGAGAGAUUGAGCUUAUUGGACACCCUUAGACAUAUGGAGGCAGGGAACAUUGAAGCUGGACCCUCCUCUGGACUUUUGGAUGGAGAAUACCAAUUGCUAAAACGUGAUUACUCAAAUAUUGGGCGUGGAAAGUUCAGCGAAUGGAGCACAACCGCAUCGUCCGAUGAUGUUGAAAAGCAUGAUCUUGAAGAGGAGGUGUCUGAUGAAGAGGAAGUCAGGUUUUUUGACACAGAUGACCAUUUCUCAGACCCUUCCACCAGCUAUGAGACUUCUAGUAGUAGCAGCAUUGGAAAUGCUACAAGCUGUGAAAGCAAUGGUUCAAUGCAUGCACUAGUAGAGAGGAGAAGAAAACUGCCCGACCCAAUUGAGAAGGAGAAGGCUGUUAGUUUGUGGUCUGUGAUUAAAGACAAUGUUGGGAAAGAUCUUACGCGAGUUUGUCUUCCGGUCUACUUCAAUGAACCAUUGUCAUCACUCCAGAAAGGGUGCGAAGAGUUUGAGUACUCCUAUCUUUUAGACCGGGCAUAUGAGCAUGGAAAAGCGGCAAACUGUCUCCAAAGGAUUUUGAAUGUUGCUGCUUUUGCUGUGUCUGGAUACGCUUCAACCGAAGGUCGGCACUGCAAACCCUUCAAUCCUUUGUUAGGAGAAACGUAUGAAGCUGAUUAUCCAGAGAAGGGAAUCCGCUUCUUCUCUGAGAAGGUUAGCCACCACCCAACCAUUAUUGCCUUUCACUGUGAAGGUAAAGGCUGGAAACUUUGGGGUGACAGUAACCUUAAAUCUAAGUUUUGGGGGAGAUCCAUUCAGCUUGAUCCAGUUGGAACCCUGACUUUAGAAUUCGAUGAUGGGGAGAUUUUCCAUUGGAGUAAGGUCACAACAAGCAUAUACAAUAUCAUCCUUGGUAAGAUAUACUGUGACCACCAUGGCAUGAUGCAUAUACGCGGGAAUCGUCAAUACUCAUGCACCCUCAAGUUCAAAGAGCAAACGCUUCUUGAACGCAAUCCCCAUCAGGUUCAUGGAUUUGUGGAAGACAACAACACAGGGAAUAAAGUAGCCACAUUGUUUGGGAAGUGGGAUGAGGCGAUGUAUUAUUUGAAGGGAGAACAUAGUAGCAGACCCAAAGAUUUUUCGAAUGCUUCGUUACUUUGGAAGAGUGUUCGGCCUCCCCAUAAUCUCACCCGUUACAACAUGACUGGCUUCGCCAUCACUCUCAAUGAGUUAACCCCAGGCCUUCUGGAAAAGCUCCCGCCAACAGAUUCAAGACUCAGACCGGAUCAGCGGUAUCUGGAGAACGGAGAUUAUGACAAAUCAAACGAGGAGAAACUACGGGUAGAGACACGACAGAGGCUGUCCAAAAAGCUACAAGAGACAGGAUGGAAACCAAGAUGGUUUCAAAGACAAGGAGACGAUGGCGGUUUCUGGUACGUUGGUGGCUAUUGGGAAGCAAGGGAGAAUGGGAGAUGGGAUGAAUGCCCAAAUAUAUUUGGUGAAAUUGAUGAAACUCUCUUAGGGUCACUUCAAGAAUCAUCCUGACCUUGCAAAGGUGUGUGUGUGUAUAUAUAUAUAAUUAUAUGUAUAGGGAAUUGACAUUCACACUCUAACAUUCAUAAUGACACUCCAAAUUUGUCUCUGAAAGACAAUUUUUUUUUUGGAAAUCUUGAAAGACAAAAUUAUGCCUCAUUACUUUUGCAAACUCAUUCUGUUUUCUUUGUCUUUUCAAUGAUGAACUUGCUUUUUGAAGUGUGAUUAUCAAUGUUGGAGUGUAAUUAUCAAUUCCCUGGUAUAUAUAUAGCCUUAGAAACCACACCAAGAAACAAGAGUUGUGUUUGCGUUCCAUAUUUUUUGAGGCCAGUCUGGUUUUGUAAUCUCUCUCCCCCCCACCCCCACCCCCACCCCCACCUCUUGUGCAAUAUAUAUAGUUCUUUUUCUCUAUAUUUGCUUGCCCCUUUUGGCAAAGCACUAAUUAGUUUAGGUAAUUGUUUGUAUUCUCUUUGUUAAAGAAGAAAAAUAUAGGGAUUGCAUUUGGUGUACUUUAGCAAACAAGCCAAACAAGGCUUCUUCCAGUGUUGUAAUUAAAGAUCUGAAAAGAUUAGUGCAAAAUCUUGAGAACUAAUCAACAGCAGAUGGGUUG